AUGUCGGAUAGUCAAGAAGUACGCGGUGCCUACUUCAACAACUUAAAUCACCAAUUCCGCAUCCGCAAUCCGCACGCCACGACACCAGCGCGGGCUUGGUCACAUCCGACGUCGACCAUGCUAGCAAUCCACGGCAGGAUACCUGGAUCCGAAAACUACUCGAAGGAGGAUUUACACAUCUUUCUCAACGAGAUAGAAAAUAUUCUACCCACAGGAGCUAAUGAGUGGGAUGCUGUCUUGAGAAACUAUCAAAUCUAUGCUGAGCGUGAGAGUCGCGCGCUCCGUACAGCGUACGAAGAGCAUGCCAAAAUCAGCGUGUGCUUGAAGAACGAGUGGAACACGAAGGAAACCUGGACGAUGGCGAAGACAGCUAGGGUAACGGCUCAGCGCUUGGUGGACAAGGACCGCCCACAGAUAACUUCGGGAAUGACGACGACGACGGGGAAGCACGCGGACCGAGUAGCAGAGAGAGUGAGCAUAACACAAGCUACAAUGGGGAGCGAGCCGAAGGUCACAGCCCUCAAACGUAUCGGUUUUCUACGCCAAAGUAAGGUGGAGACCACGAGCAUCCUGUUGAGACAAUGCCACAAGCCAAUUCAGCGCGUGGCCGUCGCCGAUGUGAUGAGCGAGACCAGUUACCGGUCUCUCCAGCUCGAUCUAAUUCCGGUUAUCGAGGUCAGUUGGCUCGCGCAAUCCACGCUCAAGAUGCUCGCUCAAGCACCGCAUCAGUACCUGCAAGCUCCCCAAGUGAAUCAAGUUGUGGAGCCCAAGUUGCCAAAUCCCGCCAACACCAGCCAUCAUUAA